AUGAUAUCACCUUCGCCUGCAGCUGGGUGUAGAUUUUCCGACAGCGCAUCCUGCCUUAUAAGCUCCCGCGAGGUGAGACACUUUCCCUUAGUUCUACAGUUUCACUUACUCAACACACGACUUCCACAACCACUACAGUCACAUACCGCAAAGAUGGUCUAUCCAGAUACCGCCGAGGGCUUCGUGAUAAAAGAUCAGAAGCAAUGGCAACAGUUCGAAAAGCAGGAGUUCAAAUUGAAGCCCUUCGAAGAUAGAGACAUCGACAUUGCAAUUGAGUGCUGUGGUGUAUGCGGGUCGGACGUUCACACCAUCAACGGCGGCUGGGGCGACUGCCCACUCCCAAUCUGCGUCGGCCACGAAGUCGUAGGCAAGGCGAUAAAAGUUGGAAAAGAUGUCAAGACAAUCAAGGUCGGCGACCGUGUCGGUGUCGGUGCCCAGAUCCAGGCCGACCUGACCUGCAACAACUGCAAAGCAGACCAAGAAAACUACUGCCCCAACUCAGUAGACACAUACGGUGCUCCAUACAAGGAUGGCACAAUCUCGCAAGGUGGCUACGCCUCACACAUUCGUGCCCACGAGUACUUCACCUUCAAGAUUCCGGACAACAUUGAGAGCGAGAUUGCCGCACCUAUGCUGUGCGCUGGUCUUACGGUGUACAGCCCUCUGGUUCGUCUGGGAGCUGGGCCGGGCAAGAAGUUUGCUAUUGUGGGAAUGGGUGGUCUUGGUCACUUCGCAGUGCUCUGGGCUGCGGCUCUUGGCGCGGAGGUCUACGUCCUCUCGCACAGCCCGAACAAGAAGGAGGAUGCGCUCAAGAUGGGCGCCAAGCACUUCAUCGUCACGAACGAUGAGGGCUGGCACAAGGAUCUCGCUUUCACCUUCGACUUCAUCCUCAACUGCGCCGAUGCUACGCACAAGUUCAAGCUCACGGACUACUUCUCGACUCUGAAGGUUAUGGGCAGAUUCCACAAUGUUGGCUUCGGUGACCACCCUCUCCCAGAGAUCAUGGCGCAGGACUUUGCAAGCAAUGGCUGCUACAUUGGUGCUUCGCACAUUGGCAAUAGGCCUGAGAUGCUGGCCAUGUUCGACCUUGCCUCGAAGCAGAACAUCAAGAGCUGGAUCAAGACCACACCAAUAAGUGAAGAGGGCUGCAAGGAGGCUGUCACCGCCGUGUCAGAGAACACUGUGCGAUACCGUUACGUCCUUACCGACUACGACAAGGUCUUUGGUAAGCGUGAUUAG